AAAAAAGAAUGUAAAAAGAAAACAUACAACAGCCGGUGUUCGCCAAUGGUCACCCACUUGACUACUAAUCUGCCGGUUAGUGGCUUGUCUAUGGGGGAGCAGACGAGACCCCGAAUAUUCCGCUACCUGUGGUCGUAUGUGCUCAACUGUGUGACAGAUUGCUUUAUAGAUAAAAUCACAGGAGAUUUUCGUAAUAUCGUUUCCUUAUUCUCUCCUAAAUACCUCUCUCAAUUUUUCCUGGCUUGCAGACUGCAUCUCUUGAGCUUUUUCUCAAGAGGAGAGCUACCAGGAUCGGAUAAAGUAUGGGAUACGACUAUGUCAUGA